ACGGUAUUUCUCCCUUUAACUACCGGUCUUCCGUUCAUUCUAACGCAUUGCAUGAGCGCCGUUUACAAUAGAUUCCUCUGUAUCUUUCAGCCAAUGUUGAUUACAUACAGAACAGCCUAACAGCCUGGCAUGCUGCUUAAAUACAUCUUGCGAUAUUUAGCCAUUUAACCAUUAGUCAGUGGCAGAAAUCAGUCGUCUAGGAAGACAGUGCGAGAGUUACAUGGGCUAAUAAGCCUGUAUGUAGCGUGUAGAACAGAUACGUACAUUAAUUGUCAUUUAAUUAAUUUACAAUACGUCGGAAUGUUUGGUAAUACAUUAACAAACAAAAAAGACCUUAAGGUAACUUAAUUACCCGUAUCGUCAUUUGACUGUUUACGCGGAAAACCGAGAGCCUUGGAAGAUGGGAUUCCUCCACCAGCUACAUCUUCUGUUAUGGAAGAAUGUGUCUUUGAAAAGGAGAGGACCGUGGGUGUUGGCCUUUGAGAUCUUCAUUCCCCUGGUUCUCUUCUUCAUUCUGCUGGGACUGCGACAGAAGAAACCUGCCAUCCCCGUUAAGGAAGUCUCCUUCUACAGUGCAGCCCCCCUCACCUCGGCAGGCAUCAUCCCCAUCAUGCAGUCUCUAUGUCCCGACGGCCAGAGGGAUGAGUUUGGCUUCCUACAGUACAAGAACUCCACUGUGACCCAGUUGUUGGAACGGAUCAGUGAGGUGGUGUUACAGAACCACCUGUUUACAGCCGACAGACCUGGACUGGGCCAGGAGCUGGAAUCUCUACAGCAACACCUGGAGAGCCUCAGCACAUCCUCCCUGGACAACACGUUUGACAGCAGCCAAGCAGGGUUCACCGUGGCCAGUGUGUUGAAGAACCCAUCAGUGUUCCAUCACUUCCUGGUCAGAAAUCUGUCCCUCUCCAAUGAUACCGCCAGUCUGCUGGUCUCCACUCCUAUAAACCUAAAAGAGGCAUUCAACCUGAUUUUUGGCAUGUACCCCAGAGCUGAACCAGGUAGUAGUCUGGGUUCUGGAGGUGCAAAAGAGACUACACAAACUCCUGCAGACAAGGUCCUUCAACUGGAGGAGAAGCUGCUGGGAGCCAUGCAUAGUCUUGAUGGAGGAUUGAUCCACAAAGCUUUACAAGACCCAACCAAAGCGGCGCAUAGGCAGGCCCUCCUCAAAGUCAUGUCCCAGGCCUUAGGCCUGUCAGGAGGGGGAGCUGGCCAGAGAUAUGAUCCUCAGGGACUAAAGGAGGUGGAGGGAGUUCUCCUGACUGGUGCCAUGUUGGAAAUGGUAACAUGUCAGGAGGACGGGACCAAUGAGCUGAGCAAGAUCCUACUGGUUCCCGAGAAGCAGCAGCCUCUGCUCCAGGCCUAUCGCAGCGCGGUGUGUGGGGGAGGGGAGGGGCUGAGGGCUGAGCGCUUCAGAGAGAUGAGCCAGGAGCUGAGGGACCAGAUGGACACACAGAGCCUCAUUGACAAGCUGCGUCUGGGGCAGGCCAACUCCUCGGCCCCCCUGUCCCGGUCUCACGUGGGCGCUCUGCUGAAGGACCUGGCUGACGUGGAGCGGCUCCUCCGGGACGUGGACCUGCUGUCGGGCCUGGCUCGCCUGCUCCCCAAGGGGGCGUGCGCCGGCCGCGUCGGCCCCGGAACCCCGACCAACGCCUCCACCGCCUGGGCCGUCAACGCCACCGCCUGGGGCCUCAACGCCACAGAGACCCCCGGGGAGGACGGGGGGGAGGAGGAGGGUGGAGGACAAGACCAAGAAGAGGAGAACCCUCACUCGCAGUUCUCUGCGUUCGUGCAGCUGUGGGCGGGGCUUCAGCCAAUCCUCUGCGGGAAUAACAGGAUAAUUGAGCCUGAGGCUUUAAAGCAGGGAAAUAUGAGCUCUCUGGGUUUUACCAGUAAAGAACAGCGCAAUCUGGGCUUACUAGUGCACCUGAUGACUACAAAUCCCAAGAUCCUCUAUGCUCCCAUCGGCUCAGAGGUGGACAAAGUAAUUCAGAAGGCCAAUGAGACGUUUGAGUUUGUGGGGAACGUGACUCACUAUGCCCGGGUGUGGCUCAACAUCUCCGCCCAGCUCAGGACCUACCUGGAGGAGGGGAAGCUGCACCAUCACCUGGUUUGGCUGCAGCAGCUGACCUCUGACCUGCGUGGUCAUCCAGAGCUCCUGAAUGGGACAGAUAAUGAGCUGCUGCGAGGGUUGCUGGAGGACAACUUCACCCUGCCCAACACUACGACCCUGCUGGAACAGUUAGACACCAUCGACAACGCAGCCUGUGGCUGGACACACUUCAUGUCCAAGGUCAGUGUGGAUAUUUUCAAGGGUUUCCCGGAUGAGGACAGCAUCGUCAACUACACAUUGAAUCAUGCUUACCACGAUAACAUCUCAGUGUUUGCCAGUGUAAUAUUCCAGACCAACAAAGAUGGCUCCCUGCCUCCUCACGUCCUCUACAAGAUCAGGCAGAACUCCAGUUUCACAGAGAAAACCAACGAGAUCCGACGGGCCUACUGGCGUCCUGGGCCCAACACAGGGGGAAAGUUCUACUUUCUAUAUGGCUUUGUGUGGAUCCAGGACAUGAUGGAGAGAGCCAUCAUUAAUACAUUUGUGGGCCAUGACGUGGUGGAGCCUGGGAACUAUGUCCAGAUGUUCCCCUACCCCUGCUACACCAGAGACGACUUCCUGUUUGUGAUCGAGCACAUGAUGCCUCUGUGCAUGGUCAUCUCCUGGGUCUACUCAGUAGCCAUGAUGAUCCAGCACAUUGUAGCUGAGAAGGAGCACCGCCUCAAAGAGGUGAUGAAGAUGAUGGGCCUGAACAACGCCGUUCAUUGGGUGGCCUGGUUCAUAACUGGGUUUGUCCAGCUGUCCAUCUCAGUGACCGCUCUGACAGCCAUCUUGAAGUACGGGCGGGUCCUCUUGCACAGCGACAUCUUCAUCAUCUGGCUCUUUCUCUCCAUCUAUGCCAUCGCCACCAUCAUGUUCUGUUUCCUGGUGUCAGUGAUAUACUCCAAAGCCAAGCUGGCGUCUGCCUGUGGAGGGAUCAUCUAUUUUCUCAGCUACGUCCCCUACAUGUAUGUAGCCAUAAGGGAGGAGGUGGCCCACGACAAGAUCACCGCCUUCGAAAAGUGCAUCGCUUCUUUGAUGUCGACCACAGCCUUCGGCCUGGGCUCGAAGUACUUUGCCCUUUAUGAGGUGGCUGGGGUUGGUAUCCAGUGGCGCACCAUCAACCAGUCACCCGUAGAGGGCGACGACUUCAACCUCGGCCUGUCCAUGAUGAUGCUCAUCAUCGACGCUAGCGUGUAUGGCGUUCUCACCUGGUAUAUAGAGGCGGUGCAUCCAGGGAUGUACGGCCUCCCUCGGCCGUGGUACUUCCCCCUGCAGAAGUCCUAUUGGCUGGGCAGUGGGCGUGUGGAAACGUGGGAGUGGCCCUGGGGAGGCAGGGCCAGGCUGAGUGUCAUGGAGGAGGACCAGGCGUGUGCCAUGGAACACCGGCGAUCUGGUAGGAUCAAGCCUGAGGUUGGACGCGAGGAGAUGCGUGGUAUUGAAGAGGAGCCAAGUCACCUGCCUCUGGUGGUGUGUAUAGACAAACUCACCAAGGUCUACAAGAAUGGCAGUAAGCUGGCCCUGAACAAGCUGAGCCUCAACCUCCACGAGGACCAGGUGGUGUCCUUCCUGGGUCACAACGGGGCCGGCAAGACCACCACCAUGUCUAUCCUGACAGGUCUGUUCCCGCCCACUUCUGGCUCGGCCACCAUCUACGGCCAUGACAUCCGCACGGACAUGGAGCGCAUCCGGCAGAACCUGGGAAUGUGUCCUCAGCACAACGUUCUCUUUGACAAGCUCAGCGUGGAGGAGCACCUGUGGUUCUACUCCAAACUCAAAGGCAUGGCUGAGGAAGACAUCCGCAAGGAAACAGACAAGAUGAUUGAGGACCUGGAGUUGAAUAAUAAGCGGCACAGCCUGGUUCAGACGCUGUCUGGAGGGAUGAAGCGCAAACUGUCCGUGGCCAUAGCGUUCGUGGGAGGCUCGCGGGCCGUUAUCCUGGACGAGCCCACGGCGGGUGUGGACCCGUACGCGCGCAGGGCCAUCUGGGACCUCAUCCUCAAGUACAAACAGGGUCGGACCAUUCUGCUGUCCACCCAUCACAUGGACGAGGCCGACCUGCUCGGAGACCGCAUAGCCAUAAUCUCCCACGGGAAGCUGAAAUGCUGUGGCUCCCCGCUGUUCCUCAAGAGCACCUAUGGAGACGGGUACAAGCUGACCCUGGUCAAGAGACAGACAGAGGGCCAGGACCAGGCCGCCCAGCCUCCACCCACUCAGUCCCCGUCCUCGUCCUCCUCCUGUUCCCCCUGCUCAGAGGCCCGGGUCACCCAGUUCAUCCGUCAGUUUGUCAGCUCCAGUCUGCUGGUGUCGGACUCCAACACUGAGCUGUCCUACGUGCUGCCCUCUGAAGCGGUCAAAAAAGGCUGCUUCGAGAGGCUCUUUCAGGCUUUGGAGCAGAAUCUGGAAAUCCUGAAUCUGACCAGCUUUGGGGUGAUGGACACCACCCUGGAGGAGGUCUUCCUCAAGGUCUCAGAAGAGGACCAGUCCCUGGAGAACAGCGAUGCCGACAUGAAGGAUUCCCCAGGCGUUAGCUCACCGGGGAAGCCUGCUGUUGCUGUGAGUCUUGCGAGUCCUGGAGAGCUGCAGGGGGAGGGGCCUGGGCUGGGUGCCCCGGCGGGGGCCAGCGGCAGUGCACAGAGGCCCGAUGUGGAGCUCUCCAACCUGGUUAUGUGCUCCCGGCUCAGCCAGAGCCAGUCCUCCCUGCGCUCCUCCUCCUCCCUGGGAUCCGUCCGUGGGGACGAGGGGGGUCUCUACGCAGACUUCUACGGAGACUACUGCCCCCUCUUCGACAACGGACAGGACCCCGACUCUGCCAGCCUGAGGGAUGAUGCGGAGGAGGCCUCGGCUGGGCCUGAGGUGCUGGAGGGCCAGGGGAGCUUCAAACUGGAGGGCUCCUGGCUGAAGCUGCGCCAGUUUCACGGGCUCAUUGUCAAGAGGUUCCACUGCGCCAAGAGGAACACCAAGGGCCUGUUCUCUCAGAUUCUGCUGCCCGCAUUCUUUGUCUGUGUAGCCAUGACGGUCGCCCUGUCAGUGCCUUCUAUCGGUGACCUACCACCACUGAUCCUGUCCCCGUCCCAGUACCACAACUACACUCAGCCUCGGGGCAACUUCAUUCCCUACGCCAACGAAGACCGCCAAGAGUACAGGAGUAAACUGUCGCCAGACGCCAGCCCUCAGAAGAUUGCCAACACACUGCGUCUGCCCUCGGGCGUGGGCGCCACCUGCGUCCUGAAAACGCCCUUCAACAGCACCCUGGACCAGCUGGCGCAGACGCUCAACCCCAGCGCCAACAAUAGCAAGACCCUGGCCGCCCGCUACUUUGACUCCAUGUGUCUGGACUCCUUCACCCAGGGAGUGCCACUCUCCAACUUUGUUCCGCCUCCCCCAUCGCCGGCCCCGUCCGACGACCCCGACCCUCGGUUUGAGGAUGGAAUCUGGAACUUCACCACUGCCACUCCUACUGCAGUCAGAGAGAUGGUGACGUCUCCCCCCACCCUGCCCCUGUCCAUCCGGGAGCCGGUCCGUUGUGUCUGUUCCAUGCAGGGGACGGGCUUCUCCUGCCCCAGCGGAGUUGGGGGGAGGCCACCGCUCAUGAAGGUGGUCACCGGAGACAUUCUGGUAGACAUCACCGGACGCAACGUGUCCGAGUAUCUCCUCUACACAUCGGACAGACUGCGCCUGCACAGAUAUGGAGGACUCACGGUUGGCAACAUACAGAAAUCCGUCCCAGCAUCCUUCGGGAAAAAGACUCCACCCAUGGUUCGCAAAAUAGCAGUGCGCAGAUCUGCUCAGGUGCUGUACAAUAAUAAAGGGUACCACAGCAUGCCAACCUAUCUCAACGUCCUCAACAAUGCCAUCCUGCGCGCCAACCUGCCUUCAGGCAAGGGCAACCCAGCUGCAUACGGAAUCACUCUGACCAACCACCCCAUGAACCGGACCAGUGCCAGCCUCUCUCUGGACUAUUUGCUCCAAGGAACUGAUGUGGUGAUAGCCAUCUUCAUCAUUGUGGCCAUGUCCUUUGUACCAGCCAGCUUUGUAGUCUUCCUGGUAGCAGAGAAGUCCACCAAGGCCAAGCAUCUGCAGUUUGUCUCCGGGUGUGACCCUGUCAUCUACUGGCUGGCCAACUACAUAUGGGACAUGCUGAACUACCUGGUGCCGGCCACAUGCUGUGUCCUCAUCCUGUUUGUGUUUGACCUUCCGGCGUACACGUCCCCGACCAACUUCCCCGCUGUCCUCUCGCUCUUCCUCCUCUACGGGUGGUCUAUCACUCCUAUAAUGUACCCGGCGUCAUUCUGGUUCGAGGUGCCAAGCACAGCCUACGUCUUCCUCAUCGUCAUCAACCUCUUCAUCGGCAUCACUGCCACAGUGGCCACUUUCCUGCUGCAGCUCUUUGAGCAUGACAAGGAUCUGAAACUGGUGAACAGCUACCUAAAGUCCUGUUUCCUCAUCUUCCCAAACUACAACCUGGGUCAUGGCCUUAUGGAAAUGGCCUACAAUGAAUACAUCAAUGAGUACUAUGCUAAAAUAGGUCAGUUUGACAAGAUCAAGUCUCCUUUUGAGUGGGACAUUGUGACACGGGGCCUGGUCGCAAUGACAAUCGAAGGCUUUGUAGGAUUCUUCAUCACCAUCCUGUGCCAGUACAACUUCCUCAGGAAACCCUCGAGAGUACCAGUGAGCAGCCAGCCCAUCGAUGAUGAUGACAUGGAUGUGGCCUGUGAGAGACGGAGAGUGCUCCGAGGUGACGCUGACAACGACAUGCUGAAGAUUGACAACCUCACCAAGGUGUACAAGUCCAGGAAGAUGGGGCCUAUUUUAGCUGUGGACCGCCUGUGUUUGGGAGUGCGUCCUGGGGAGUGUUUCGGGCUCCUGGGUGUGAACGGAGCAGGGAAGACCACCACCUUUAAGAUGCUGACUGGAGACGAGAGCACCACAGGAGGAGAGGCCUUCAUAGGGGGGAACAGUAUCCUGAGGGAGCUGUUGAGAGUGCAACAGAGCAUCGGCUAUUGCCCCCAGUUUGACGCCCUGUUCGAAGACCUGACAGCCAGGGAGCACCUGGAGCUGUACACACGCCUCCGAGGCAUACCCUGGAAGGACGAGGACCGGGUGGUCUCCUGGGCCCUGGAUAAACUUGAGCUGACCAAGUAUGCCGACAAGCCGGCCGGCACCUACAGCGGGGGGAACAAACGCAAGCUGUCCACCGCCAUCGCGCUCAUCGGAUACCCCUCUCUCAUUUUUCUGGACGAACCAACCACUGGGAUGGACCCAAAGGCCCGGAGAUUCCUCUGGAACCUCAUCAUUGACAUCAUCAAGACAGGACGCUCCGUGGUGCUGACCUCACACAGUAUGGAGGAAUGUGAGGCUCUGUGCACCAGGCUGGGCAUCAUGGUCAACGGCAGGUUCAAAUGCCUGGGCAGCAUCCAGCACCUCAAGAACAGGUUUGGUGAUGGCUACAUGAUCACAGUACGAACUAAGACCAGCUGCAACGUGAAGGAGGUGGUGAGAUUCUUCAACAGGAACUUCCCUGAGGCUGUACUAAAGGAGCGCCACCACACUAAGGUCCAGUUCCAGCUCAAGUCUGAAAGGAUCUCCUUGGCCCAGGUGUUCAGUAAGAUGGAGCAGGUGGUGGAGGUGUUGGGAAUAGAGGACUACUCUGUCAGCCAGACCACACUGGACAACGUGUUUGUGAACUUCGCCAAAAAGCAGAGUGACAACCUGGAGCAGCAGGAGAGCUCCCCCCCCGGUGGAGGCCAGUCGCCACUGCAGCGCCUGCUGACCCUUCUCCGGCCCCGGCCAGCUAAUACUGAGCUCAGCGCCCUGGUCAGUGAAGAGCCGGAAGAACUGGAGAGUGAUGAUGAUGAGGGUCUUAUUAGCUUUGAGGAGGAGCGGGUGCAGCUCUCCUUCAACACAGAUACACUCUGUUAAACUGUGGAAAUGCCCAGAGGGGGCAUGGCUAGACACAAAGUAGGAGGAGAUGUAUAUAGGGUGUGUCUAUCUGACAAAGCAGGAGAAAGUGUACACGUGUAGUAGCCAGACCUCGUUCUGACGUGACAGGAAGAGAAUGUACCUGUUCAUUUGGGAAGAUGGGAAGAAUACCGUAUUUAUCUACCCAUGGGAAAGGAAGAGAUGAUAUUUUUAGUCUUAAGCACUUCAGUGUCAGCAACUGAGUCGUUGGACUAAGAGAAGGAAAUUUACUGGGACAGGGAAGGAGCGAAGAGUGAAGUCGCCUCUCAAAGCUGUCACAGUCAGCCAAAAAAGGCUGAGCGGGUAAAAAGACUCUGUCAUCAACAUGGGAAACAUAGUGCUAUGGUGAGACUGCACAUAUUUUAAUGGAGGUUUGUCGUUAUAGGAAUGUCUAUAUGGAAUUAUUUUUGAGAAUGUAUUGAUAGAUGAACUGAAGACUGAACACAAAAGGCUUGAUUUGAUAUUAAUGUUGUUUUUGCUAGUAAGUUGACCUAAUUCAUUGCCAGUGAUGUCAGAAAAAUAGCAUAUCACCCCAUAAGACAUGGCCGGCUCAGUGAGUUGAAUGAUGGAUUUUGUGAUUCAUCACUGGUCAAAUGUGUUCCAUCUCUGCCAAAGUGAAACAUUGCAUUCUUUAAAUGACACCCUAUCCCCUGUAAAGUGCACUACUUUUGACCAGGACCUCGGGGUAGUGCAUCGUGUACUCAAGAGAAUUGGGUGCUACGGACCCUUGUCUAAAGCAGUGCACUGUAUGUCCUGUAACCAUCCCCAGUGUUUCAGUUGACCCUGAUAACCCACCCCCCUUUAAAUAUCAUGUACCCGCCUCGGAAACACAGUGGAACUAUAGGGGUGUUAUACAUAAAGACAUAUCUAUAUUUUCUGUGGAAAGAAGGAUUUAUUUUGGAUAUUUAAGAUAUAUUGAGAGGGUGGAUCUCUGAUUGAUUUAGCAAAUAACUGAUAGUUUAUAGCUAAGUGCACUUUGGAAAGUGCCAAGAUUUAACAUGAUUUCUGAAUCGUUGGCCCUUUAUUUGAAAUGGCUUUGUGACUGAGAUAAAGAGGAAAACUUUACUAGAUUUCCUGUGUGAAAAGAAUGUCAUGGAAUUUUCUAUAUGUUGAUGAAGCUGAUGGUGCCUCCCAACUCUCAAGCCUUUUUAACACUGUUGUAUUUUUUCUCUCGUUAUGAUAAAUAGAGCACUUUCUACUGUAUGCUUUAUUUUGUGCUUCUACAAAUCAUAAUGAUUUGGAUUCUUUCAAGAAGAUCCCAUGUCAGACAUUGUAAUAACUUGCUUUAAAAAGAAGGUAAUCAACACGAUCAUUAACGCAACCCAAAAUGGUAAGAAGAACUGAACCUAAUUGUCACUCUACAAGGAGACCUACAGGAUAAGUACACACCACUGUAUUAACAUCACUGUGAGACAAAGUUGAACUGUAAGAUCAGUGUUUUGUUUGAACUUGAAGAUCUACAAGACGCAUCAGUCAGGUUACUUGUCUUCUGGAAGUUGCCGCUCUUUGGAAUUUGGAAGACCACCCACACCAGGUCAGCAAUAAAGAGAAAUGUUUGUCAUUUCUUGUAUAUUUUUGUUGGCAUGUGGUUCAAACUGGAUGUUUUCAUGGGCUGUUUGUGUUUUCAGGAUUCUGCUGGGAUCUCUGUUUCUGUGAUUUCUUAAGGUGGGACCUACCUGUGCUUAUUUUAUUUUCAUCUUGACGGUGGUGGGAUUGUUAUCCUUUUAAUAUUAAACAUGAAAACCUGACUGUUGUAAUUGGUUUUCCCUCACAAUGUAAAGUAGGACAAAUGUUUUACUGAAGUCUUGGACUAUGUUAUUAUUUUUAAUGUGUUUCAAAGCGCCUGUUUUGAGAUGUUUUAAGUAAUUCUACCUGUAUAUAUUGGAGAUAGAAAGCUGUAAGCAAAUAUGUAAUGAGCUUGAGAUUAACUUUUGGCCUUUAACUCAAACUAAAUAAUGACUGUGAUGUUCUACUUCUGUCCAGAGUUCUGUGAUUCUUCAAGGGAACAGCAAUGUGAUUUUAGAUUUUGGAUCAUUUUAUCAUUAUUUUAUGGAACUAAACCUUGCUACCUAACACAGCCUGUGAAGGCCUUUUGAAGUUUUCCCUGAGCAAGGCUUGAUAAGAAGUUACAGUACAGGUCACCAGGGGACAAAAGAAUAUUAAACUGACAUUUUUAUUUUAUUUUUUCGACACCAGCAAACAUGAAAGUAAUGUGCAAUUCUACAUUGGUGCAAAUAUACUAUAAAAAAAUCUUUAAAUCAAUCAAAUUAUUACUCAAGCUUUGCUCUAAAGAGGAAAUGCAUUGUAAUUGAUCUAGGCAGUGUAUGUUUGCAUAUGAAUAUAAAUAUAUAUUUUAUGAAAAUGUGUCUGACGUUCGGUUGUAAAACAUCUGUUUAUAUCUCACGUCACAUUAGGACUUAUUCCAGAUUCUACAGUUGUUUAUGUAUUCUGUGCUUCAUGUUGGGUACAUUUGAUUUUUAAACAAAAAAAGACCAAUAAAUCAGGUAUCAGUUG